AUGGGCAUGAUCAAGCUGCGUGACAUUAAUGACAACUGGAAGAAUACCAUCUUCUCACUCCCUUUCCCGGCAGAGUUGAUGGCAAGAGACAGAUACAGAACAAUAUCCUGGAAUGUGCACAUGAGCGACCCAGAUGAGGAGAGAGUGAAUGAUGCCCAGACUGGAACCUCAGCACACGACGGACUGUUCCGGCUCAAACCCCUCAUGAACACCAUCCAGAAUGCCUGUAAGGCAUUCUAUCAUCCCCACAGGAACAUUGCUGUGGAUCAGCAUAUGGUGGCUUGCAAAGGACAUACCAUUUCAAAUGAUUUCAAGUUGUUUGUGCUAGCAGACUCCAGCAAUGGGUACACUUUGGACUUUUCCGUAUACACGGGAAAGAACAACUUCCCCACAGUGCAAGGCCUCUCUUAUGACUCUGUCAUGUCACUGAUUGACAUAAAGUAUUUGGGAUCUGGAUACCACGUGUACAUGGACGAUUUCUAUACAAGCCCAAAGCUUUUCAAGGACUUGUUGGCUUUCAAGUUUGGUGCUUGUGGAACAUACCGAGAUUCCCGGAGGGACUGUCCACGCAGUGAUGUCAAUGUACUGACAAAAAAGUCCCCUGGAGGAACGUACCGCUGGAUAAGGGAUGGUCCUCUUGUUUAUGUGAAAUGGAUGGACACACAAGAGGUGUCUGUCUGCUCCACCAUCCAUGCAGCCUACACUGGGGAUACAGUAAAGAGAAGAGUGAAAUCCAGACAGGGUGUCUGGUCUUCACAGUCCUUUCCAUGCCCCUCACCUGUGGUAGAAUACAACAAGUUCAUGGGAGGUGUGGAGGAGUUCAUGGGAGGUUUCCCAGGAGAGUUGAUCCAGUAUUACACAGCACAGCACAAAACCAUGAAGUGGUACAGGAAACUCUUUAUUCACUUCCUGGAUAUUGCUGCAACAAAUGCCUACCUUCUCCACAAAGAACUCAUGCAAAACAUGCACAAGGACAGCAUGACCCAGAAGGCUUUCAGGGAGGAGCUCACUGAACAGCUGUGUGGUGUCACUCAGACACAAAAGGCUCCUGUAAAGGAGGACAGUGAUUUGCACAUUCCAGUUUGUGGGGUUGAGCUGAACACUGAUGGUGGGAAGAAGGCUCAUGCUAACCGCAAGACCUGUGCAUAUUGCAGGAAGCAUAGGGGAAAGCAAGCAAAAACCCUUUGGAAGUGCAGAGCAUGUCAUGUCUACCUUUGCCUUCUACCAGAGAGAAACUGUUUUAAUGCUUGGCAUGAUGAGGAAUGA